UAUUUUUGAAAUAUUUUAUUCUAUUAUACAACAAUUUUAUACUGUUUGUUGAAUUUGACUUUUGAAGUGCUUGUUACUUGAUAUGGGUGGUAAGGGAAGGCUGGAGAAAGUAUAAAAGCACUCUGAAACCUGGAAAGUUGGCUUCUUAGAAGCCCACCUUUGUAGUGAUAGUGUUGAAGUUUGUUUCUCAAAAGAGCAGUUUAUAGAAAUUCUUUGAAAUGUUUUUGAGUCAGAGUAGCGUGACGAAGUUGUACACAAGUGUGAUAGAAGAUGUAGUAAGUGGUGUGCGGGAAGCUUUUCUGGACGAGGGUGUUGAUGAGCAAGUCUUGCAGGAACUGAAACAGAUAUGGGAAAGUAAAUUAUUAUCCAGUAAGGCUCUGGAGCAACCCGACCCUCCUGAGCCACAGCCUCCUCUUAUCAACUCCCAGAAGGCUGUGGCUAAUGUUCCCGGCAAACCUGUUAAUCCAGCACCCCAGCCUCAUCCCCAAAUUCCAGUGACAGACUACAAUAAACCAGUACCAAUUCAAAUCACUCUUCCAGCACAGGUUGGUUCCAACAACACACAACCAAGAGUUCUCACCAUACAAGUGCCAGCCAGUGCCCUUCAUGGUAACCAACUUCACUCUGUACUGACCGGACCAGUGAUUUCUGCUACCAUGGCUCUCCCUUCCCACGUGGCCGAGGCAGUGCUACAAGCCCAUGUCACUGCCAACUUGCAGGGGCAGGCCAUGUCAGGAUCAUUGCAGAUGCAACAACAGCAGCAGCAACAGCAGCAACAACAGCAACCUCAACAACAGACACAACAACAGGUGUUACAGGCAGCAGGACUCACACAACAGGAAACCCGACAAACAUUCACUCACCACCAGUUGCAGAACUCAGUACCUCAGCUGGAUGGUCAGCACGACACAUCCGACGAAGAAGAGGAUGAGGAGGAGGAAGAUGAUGAUAAUGAUGACGAUGACAACGAGGAUAAGGACGAGGAAGAGAACGAUGAGAACGAGGCAGGAGCAGAGGAGGAACCUCUGAACUCAUCAGAUGAUGUCAGUGAGGAAGACCCAACGGACAUGUUUGACACUGACAACGUUGUGGUCUGCCAGUAUGAUAAGAUCACACGGAGCCGGAACAAGUGGAAGUUUUACCUGAAGGAUGGCAUCAUGAACCUCGCCGGCAAGGAUUACGUCUUCCAAAAAGCCAACGGAGACGCAGAGUGGUGAAAAUGGUUCCUAAGGAUUAGUUUUUAAUUGUUGUAUCAUAUUUUGUAUGUUGAAGCAAGUGAUUUUUGGUAGCGGAAAAGUGAAUCUCAAUCGGUCAAAGUCGCCCAUGUGUAGUGUUAGUUGCUUUUUCUGGGCAGUACUACUACAGUGAACACGGUAGUGGGUUGUGGGACCUUCAGUUCUGAUUCACUGCACUAUUUAGUUGUUGAGUGCCUCUUGAAAUAAUUUUGACACCAGUAGAACGAUUAGAUUUUACGUUACAAUUAUUACUUGUUUAUUUAAUUAGUAUCCUUAUUUGGAUGAUUGUAGUUAAUACAUUAUAUGCUGUAUCAUUCAUUACAUACACACUCAUCAAUUUAUGAAACAGACAUUGAAAAAUGCCAAAGCGUCCUGGUGAUGUGUAUUAUAAAAAUUGUAAACAUUUUCAUCCUAACAAAUAAUUGUUAUUUGAAUAAACUGUGUAAAAGAUUGUUUUGUACAGUUUGUCAGGUAAGUAAUACAAUUAUUAUUAUGUAGAAAUCAUGACAUUUGUUUUUCUACAUGUAAAAGAGCAGCAAUGUUGUACAAAAAAUCGACUCAAAAUGUACACUUCGGUCUUAUGGCUCGUAGAUUUUGUUCAUCAUUAAUAUACUGUAAUUAGUUGUUAUAAAAUGAAAUACGUUAAUUUUAAAUUAUUGUACCGAUAAUUAUUAUUUAGAGCAUUAAAACUGAAUAAUAUUUUAUAUAAACUUAACAAAAAUAUUGGUAUAUGUAUUUGAUAAGACCAGUUACAGUACUGGCCAAUCAUGCAGUUGUAGUGUAAUCGUUACGAAAACUUUUUAAUAAAGGUCAUCAUGUGUAAGUUAUCAACAUUCUUUACAGCUUUCUUUACAUCUUCUGUUUAUUUGAAGAAUAGUUUAUGAAAUUUUCAGUGCAAAUUUUUUACUCACAAAGGUGCACAAUUUAAAAACAAUUUUAAAACUUAAUAUUGUUAAAUUUGUUAUCAUGCUUAUUUUAUUAAUUCCACAUAAGUGAUACACAUUAACUAAUAAUUUUAACAUAAUGACGAUUAAACUAGUGUCACAUUAUGUUUAGCGUUCUAUUAGCAUCCAACAAACAUACUUUUGUAAAUAAUGUAUUUAUUUAAUAUUUUUAUGAUCAUAAAAACAAAAUUUUUGUAUACAUUGUAUACUUCUUGUGUACGAUGUAUAUUUUGUAUACAUUGUAGUCCUACUGUGAUAUAACAGUCUCACAUUUAUUAAUUAUACAUUUAUGUGCUGUCUCACUCAGUCGUAAUUUUUAAAUAAAAUACCAAAUAUAUGUUCAAACACAUAUUCAUAUUUAAAUUACGUUGAUUGAGUGCGCCACUAUAGUUGACCCAUAAAAUUGUUGAUUUACAGUAGUAUAUGACUGUUAUUUGAUUUGAUUAUGAGUUGUAAUAGUGAAAAAAGGUUUAUUGUGUUUGAUCAUAAUUAAUUUUUUGUUGUAAAGAAAAUUUUAUUAAUAAAAAGAUAAUUAAACGGAUGAUAAAAAGUAAGACAUUACGUAAAACUUUUAACUCAUUGAUUAAGAGAUCGAUUAUAUGAUUUAGAGGUUACUUUUACAUACCAAAACAGCUUAUUAAUGAGUUUAAGUAAUUAAGAUAUACUGCAGUACUGAAAUGUGAUAUUUUUAUCUUAAAUUUUAGUUAGAAGAUAUUCUUUUGCGGUGUUUACAAUUUUGACCUGUUGAGUUCAGAUUCCACGAUGGGCAUCAGAUUUCAUUGUUAAUUAUAGAAUUGUAAGUUUUAACAAAAUGUACCAUUUUGAGUUAGUGAGGUAUUGUUGUUUAUAAUUCUUUCAUGGGGUUUGCAGAAUGUCUGUCAAUUCUGAAAAUAGUUUUGUUGUGCAAAGUUUGAAUGAUUUAGGAAUCCUAUAUUUGUAGAAAAAUUUUCCUUAAUUCUCUUGUUGGCAUCUUUAUGUUUAUAUUUAGUUUUGUCAAGAAAAGUUUUGCGGUUUGUCAAAAAGUUUCACAGUACAAUUUCUUAAAUAUUCACUUUAAUUCAUUUUAAGUUAAAUAAACAUCUGUAUAUUUAACAUUGUCUUUUAUCUCCAAUACAAAACAGUGUUCUCAUUACUAUAAUAUGAGUAGUCAAAGCCUUGACUUCCUAUUUAUCAAUUAUCACUUAUAAAUAGUGUUGUUUCAUAAAAUCUUUUUCAGACGUGGCAGACUUUUAGUUUAGUUCAUAAAUUUGUCUUCUUUAGAAUAAAUAACUUCCAUUAAAAGAUACUUUAGGUGCUAGGAACUUUCUCUGUUUCUUCCUGUCAUAUUGUUUUCUAGACUGAAUUAUUUCUGGUAUAAAUGUGUUAGAGCAAAUGCUCUAAAGACGAUGACUGCUGAGAUAGUGUUGGAUCUAGUCAGGUCAUUGACAUCAGUUUUCCGCUUCCAAACUUUCUGGAGGCCUUUCUUGUUACUGGAAGUACAAAGGUCUCUAGUUUUACCAUCAGGCCUGUGAUAUGUGCAAGGUUUCCACUUUCUAUGAGUUAAACUCGUUUUACAUGACUUGUGUACUUUUACUUGUAGUUUGUGAAUUUUCCUGCCUUUUGUGUGAAGAAUACUUCAUUUUACUUGUCUGUUAACUCCUUCAUUACUUACUAGUAAUACUACUAUUAAUAUGGUAGUCCCUGGAAUAUAAGUUUCAUUAGAGGUUGUGUAUUUUAUGUUAGUUGAAAAUUAAAGAAAGUAUGAAAUGCAAAUAGUUUGGUGCUGGUGCCAGUGUAAAAACAACUGCAAAAUAAAAUUUAUUUUAACAGUUAUGUUAAUUCAACUGAUUUUAGGGAGAUGGUAUGUAUGAUAUGUAUCAAUAUUUGAGUAAAUGUUUUUAAGGAAGACAAUUCCUGUUUUAAUAUUAAAACAUAAAUUUUGAAAUAGUUCAUUUUAAAAUAUUUCAAUCUAAGUUUUGUAGUAAACUAUUGAAAACCUAAAUACCAAUUAUAUUCUGCCAAUAGUAAAAUACUUCCAUUAAAUUAUUAAAUAUUUAUUAUAUUAUAGGAAUUCUACACCAUAUGUUGUAACCCAUUGAGGAAACACUUAUUUUUUGCUAAUUUAACCCGUGGCAACAGUAAUAUAAGCAAAAUGGUUAGUUGUAAUUUUUAACCAUUGUAAUUUUAACCAUAGAAGUUAAAGUUGUAACAUUUUACAUUUAUUGUACUUCUAAAUUUUUGGAUAAAAACCUCUAAAUUACACUUCAAUACAGUUUUCAAUUAAAAUAUUAAUUUUUAAAACAUCUUAAAAAUUUAAAUCUAAGUGAUGUUUCUGUAAUCUGCUUAAAAUUUGUUUGUUGACAAAAAGAAUUUAUAUUAAUUUUUUCACAACAUGAUCAAAUCAUGGCAGUGUUAAUGAAUAAAGAAUGUGAACAUGACUCUGCAUAAAAUUGUAUGUAAACAAACAGCUGAUUGGACUAUCCAUCACAAGUAUAAAAGAAUCAGACGUUCAUCUUUCAAAGUCUAGCUCCAGAAUGUGAACACAAUUUGAAGAAUACACAACUAUGUUUACAGUGUUACACAUUAAAACAAAAGAUAAGCUGUGUAUUGCGGGACAAACUCAGUUCAUCUGUCUACCUCAGUGGGUAAAACAAAUAAAACUUGUCUCUUUUUUAUAGCAAACUAUUAAAAUAUUGUUAGGUACUAGUAAACAUUAUAACGUUUAGAGAUUAACAGCACCAACAUUUUACCCAGAUUAAAACCAAAUGAUAUGAAUUAGCGCAUUUGUUUGCAUUACAUUUUACUUGCCCCAAAACUUACAUUUUGGCAUAAAAAUGAAUCACUUUAUUUCAUUUCUUAAAACAGGGUGAGACCUGUACCUUUUGUUGUCAAAAACUACCAUUGUAUAUAUUAUUUAUAUAUAUGAUAGCGAUGUCUUAUAGAAGAAAGUUCCGCUGAUGGUGCGGGACUAAGACUGAGAUGCGUAGGUUGUAGCUACCAACGUCUUGCACAUAUCUGUAGACCAAGCUGGGGCUCUGGUAUUUAUAUACCUAUAGUUUGUAUUGUCUAAUUUUACUUGUAUUUGAGAUCAUGUUAAUAUAUUAUUGUGUAAAAUAAAGUAUUUGUUAUAUGAAA